AUGGCGUUUGGACGCUCCAACUCGCUGACCCUCAAUACGGGCGCGACCAACUCUCUCUUCUCUCAGCAGCAACAGAACCAAACCGGCAGCAGCGGCCUCUUUGGCAGCUCUUCGGCCCAACCUGCGAACUCGACGACUGGAGGCAGCGGUCUCUUCGGCGGCACUCAGCAACAGUCUCAGCCUCAACAGCAGGGCGGCUUGUUUGGCGGCGGAGCUUCGCAACAAACACAGGGCGGUGCAGGCGGUGGUCUCUUUGGCGGUACGAGUACACAGGCCAAGCCAAGCGUCUUCGCAGGCGCAGCCUCCGGUCUUGGAAACUCGUCGACACUGGGUGCUGGAACCAACAUGUUUGGAGGGCCUGCUCAACCCUCGACCAUUGGCACCGCCUUCGCAUCUAACGCCAACCCGUCAGGACAGUCUCAGCCUUCACUGUUGGGCGCUGCACAACACUCCCGACUCAACCAAUCUGCACCAUUUGGUCGACUCAGCAUGGGCCAGAGCGCUGCACCUUCCAACACAGUCGGUGCGGUCAAGAUCGACGCCGACAGCUUGAAGCCCACCACACGUUUCGAUGACUGUGUCGACCCAGUAAAGGACCAACUCGAAAAAAUCGACAAGAUGAUCCAGCAGCAAGAAUCCUUCUGCAAGCAAAUCGAAUCUUUUUACCCCAUGCAUGGCGAGAACGUCGAAUCGAUCGCACCCGACGUCGAGUACAUCAAGAACAAGGCGGACGACGCAGAGCAAGCACUCAUCUCCGACGCCCAGGGUGUCGAAGCCCAGCGCAGAAACGCCGACAAAGAUACCAAGGACCUUGAGCGCUGCCACCGUGUCAUCACCAACCUCACUCUUCCACAGCCAUAUCAGUACUCUGGCAGCGUCGGCAUGGGCGGCCUUGGCAGCAUGUAUGGCUCUCAGCAGCGUCCACAGCAAGCAAUGUUGACCCCGGCCGGUGAGGAUCCAAGCAGCUACGACAUGGACCUGAUUGGCAACUACUUCGUUCCAAUGGCCACGGAGCUUCAGAAGACGGUCAACGACUACGCCAAGACACUCACUGAGAUCGAGAGCCACAUGCGCGUCAUGGAGAGCUCGGCAAUCGCUCAAGCACAGCAGCUCGCUCAGCAGAAGAACGGCAUGGGCGGUGGUCAAAUGAGCAGUGAGGAUACAGUCAGAGAGUUGGCAGACACUCUUCGCGGAUUCGAGCAGAGCAUCUUGGGCGUUGCUGGUGUCGUUGGCGAGGCUCGCGAGGGAGUCAAUGAGUUGGUGCUUGGGCGUUUGGGUGGAAACUUGCCAUGA